GCCGUCUCUCUUCCGGCUGCCUCGCGCGGGGAGCGCGCGGCGUGGGGCGGCUGCCGCGGCGGGGGGCGCGGCCCCGGCUUUGUCACCUGUCCGCGCGGCCGCUUGCUGGGGCGGAAAAAUGGGCAAGAAGAACAAGAAAGAGAAGAAGGUCAAGGGGGCCGAGAAGACCGCCGCCAAGAUGGAGAGAAAGGUCUCCAAGCGCUCCAAGAAGGAGGAGGAGGACCUGGAAGCUCUGAUAGCACAAUUUCAGACAUUAGAUGCCAAAAAGACCCAGGUCACGGAGACGCCAUGCCCCCCACCUUCACCGAGGUUAAAUGCUUCCAUGUCUUCUCAUCCUGAGAAAGAAGAAUUAAUCCUUUUUGGAGGUGAAUAUUUCAAUGGCCAAAAAACUUUUUUAUACAACGAACUCUAUUUCUACAAUAUUAGAAAGAAUACCUGGACAAAAGUUGAAAUCCCCAAUCCACCUCCAAGGCGCUGUGCUCAUCAGGCAGCAGUGGUCCCUCAGGCAGGCGGACAGCUGUGGGUCUUUGGAGGAGAAUUUGCUUCUCCUGAUGGAGAACAGUUCUACCAUUAUAAAGAUCUCUGGGUUCUGCAUUUGGCCACCAGGACUUGGGAACAAAUCAAGGCAACAGGAGGGCCUUCAGGCCGGAGUGGACAUCGAAUGGUACCGUGGAAGAGACAAUUAAUCAUCUUUGGGGGAUUCCAUGAGAGUACAAGGGAUUACAUCUAUUACAAUGACAUCUAUGCCUUUAGCCUGGACACAUACACAUGGAGCAAGCUUUCUCCGUCAGGGACAGGUCCCACGCCAAGAUCCGGCUGUCAGAUGUCUGUCUCCCCCGAGGGUACCAUCAUCAUCUACGGUGGCUACUCCAAACAGAGAGUGAAGAAGGAUGUUGACAAGGGUACUCUGCAUUCAGACAUGUUCCUGCUGAAAUGUGAGGAAGGCAAGGAAGAAGACAAAUGGAUGUGGACACGUGUCAGUCCCUCAGGAGUAAAGCCCACUCCUAGGUCCGGGUUCUCGGUGGCCAUGGCUCCCAGUGGUCGAACACUGCUUUUUGGGGGUGUUUGUGAUGAAGAAGAAGAAGAGAGCAUCGAAGGGGACUUCUUCAAUGAUCUGUAUUUCUAUGAUAUCACCAAGAACCGCUGGUUUACAGGACAGUUGAAGGUCCCUAAGGCAGAGAAGAGAAAACGCCGACGAGGCAAAAAGCCGGAGCCUGAAAGUGCUGAGAGCCAGGGCGAGGAGGCCGCCGCCGUGCAGGGGCCGCGGGAGGAGAUUAGAGAGGUGGUGGCUGAGGAUGGGACCAUCAUGACCAUUAAACAAGUGAUCCCUGUCUCUGUGGCGUCAGUGGUAUCCGAGUCUGAAGAGGAGGAAGCUUCCGAUGAGGCCGGCGGCCCUGUGGUCGAGCCCUGUGCUCGCUCAAAUGCCAUGCUGGCCGUGAAGCAAGGGAUGCUCUAUGUCUACGGGGGCAUGUUUGAAGCAGGCGACCGUCAGUUCACUCUCAAUGAUUUCUACUGCCUUGAUCUGCACAAGAUGGAAGAAUGGAAGGUCUUGGUGGAGAUGGAUCCCAAAACUCAAGAAUGGUUGGAGGAAAGCGACUCAGAAGAUGAAGAUGAAGUAGAAGGAGCAGGAGCAGGAGGGGGAGAGGAGGAAGAGGAUGAUGAGGAAACAGAGGAGGAAAGUGAAGAGGAUGAAGAAGGCGAUCGGCACCCUGCAGUUGAGCCUAAUGAAAAAUACAUUGACUAUCUGCCUCGGACUGAAGAGUAUUGGGUCAGGAUCGCCCGGAACAACAUGGGGCCUGAUGCAAAGGAGAAGAAGGUGAUCAAAGUAGCCCACGCCAUGGCCAAGACUUUUUAUGAUGAUGCAGUUUAAGGACAAAAAUUGGUGUUUGCUUCUCAGAAUGGCAAAAUACAGCUGAUGUCAUUAACAUUCUUGAAGAUGUUAUUUCUACAUAAACUGGGCCCAUUGCUAAGUGGCUUACAAGGUCCUUGUAAAGCCCUGGGAGGAGCAGCACUUCUGGGUCACUGACUGCUCUCUUGUGAGCAGUCAGGAUCAGGGCCGUGCAUGGAGCAGCAAAUUUCCCAUUGGCCGGGAAUGAGAGCCAGACCUUGUACAUAAAGGGUUUGGAAGAAGGAUGAUGAAAUGCUCCUAAGGAGCUACAAGGAGGCUAGGAAACCUUUGGGUAUUCUCAUCCUAUAAAAACAAGAAGUUUGUACUGGAAACACUUUUAUUCUUUGGUUCUCUAGAAACCUGGAGGUUUCCACACAUUUAACCUCUGAACCCUCAAGAAGCAGACCCAAGGUUGGUUGGACUCUAAUAAUUGUCCACAAAAUAAAGCGAUUUAUUUGGUUCGCUCUCUUAUUCUCUUUGAACUGUGUUUCGGUGCCACAUUCAUUACUUUUCUUGGUGUCAUGUGCUUUGGUGGUUACCACAGUUCCAAACUUAAUUUUCAGUUUUCAUUUCAACUACUUCUUGUUCCCAGUUGUUUCCUGCUGGUUGUCUCGUUUUCCUGAAUGAUGAUGACAUUGUAUAAUCCCCCACGAGGGAAAGACCAACCCGGUGGAAUUGGUUGUUGUUUCCAUCUAGUUCUUGACACAGGGCCUAGUAAACAGUGGGUGUUUCAUAAAUGCUAACUGAGGAUUCUCACAAGAAUAGGACAUUCCAUUACAAACGUGUAAGAGCUUUUGUGGUGCCAUUAGGACACAGUUAACAUUAGGUCAGUGACAGCAGCGCCAUUUUUACUUGCACAAUUGAUGUGAAAGCAUUAGGAGUGAAAUAAUAGAAUCUUUUUUGGGGGUUAGGAGGGCAUCCAUGUAAGAAUUCAUGGUCUUUAAUAGCAAGUCACAUUUGUUAGCCAGCAGUCAUCCUGCUUGUUGCAGAAAAACAUUUUAAAAAAUGUUUGGCCUAAGAUGGAGAUAAAAGAAAAAGAGAGUGCUUGAUGCUGUGGCCAAGCUUCUGGGCAGUGUUUCGUAGGGCAGAGUUGGAAGAGGAUUUAACAGAGAGAUCAUCCCAUGCAGGGUCAUACCCAUAUCCUAAUAGAGUGUUGGGUAGGCCCAAGGAUUGCCCAGAUGUCCAGCUCGAGCUUUACUAGUACUUGCCCACACAGCUCAGGGCCCGAGUAGAGACAGGCUCCAAGGGUACAGAUCACAGCUGACUUGUUCAAUAGCAAUCCCUACGCAUUUAAGACAAGAUGGCCAUUGCCACGUUCUUGCAUCAGGACUGCAUUUUGCCCCCUGUCUUUAGGACGUUGGACAAAUCAAUUCUUUUAACCUUAGUCUACUUAUCUACUUAUAGAAUGAGUAGAUAGACUAGAUCUCUAAUGUCCUUUCCAACACUAACAUCCUGUAGGAUUUUAUUCAUUUAUAUUUAUAUUUAUUCAUGGCGACCUCAUUGUAACGAGGUCUGUUCUCCAGGUAUGAAUACUUAGUAGUAGUUGGAGGUGGGUGCUCUUUGUAUCCCCAUCUUCAUUAACUAAAAUAAGGUAAGCAGAUUAAAUGACACAACUAGUGUCUAAGGCUGUAUUUGAACCCAGGUAGUCCUGAUUCCUAGCUACCCCAUAAUAAUACUACCAUCCGUAAGCCUUUAUGUCACUACUUUGCUGCUCCCAGCAGCCCUAGGAAGGAGGCAGACCAGGGAUGAUUAUAUCCGUUACUUUUUGUUGCUGUAUCUGGGGGCUGGUGAGGGAGGGAUCCUGUCAUUGGGAUCCAUUCCUGGGCGUUGAUCUCCCUCUAUCAGUCAGAGACAUGUUUUCUUCCCACAGAGCGAUUCUUUCUCCACAAGAACCAGAGCCAGAAAAGGCUUUUUUGGAGUCGGCCAUAUCAAACACAGACAAGAGCCACGCACCAUAAGACACAUUUAUUGUACAAAUGGUACCGGCAGUGUCUUUCCUUUCUAUAAGGUUAUCAGUAGUGAGUCUGUCCCUUUGACUGAAAGAGGCUAAUUAGGACCCAGUGAAGAUUAAAUAAACAAGCUUCAAUAAAACGAGCUGCCUGUACCAUUUAAUUGCCAUGAUUAAAACAUCCCUGAUAAAGAAGCACCUUAAAUGCAAACAGCAGGGGAGAGGUAAAAAUACUAUACGAGGUUGUGAGAUAGCCAAGAAUAGAAUCUGUAGUGUUCAGUGAGGGAGCAGCAGAAAAUGUGCUGUCUUUUAUUUUGUCUCAUCAGUGGGUUGGUUUGCCAAGCAGAAUAUACUUAAUGCUCAGUCAGUGGUUCAUGGUAAUGAAUAACCAGCAAAAAAGCCAAGAACUCCUUCAUCUUAUGCCAUUGCUAAAAAGUGAUUUCUGCUUUGGCCAAGCCCAGUGCCAGUGAGGAGACUCAGCCUGAGCUUACAUCCCUGUCCAGCUCAUUUGGUUCAUCUUAGUAAUUAUUAGCAUUUUUGCCCUGUACCCGCCUCUCCCAAAUCCCAUUCAUUGUUAAUUAUCACAUUUGUGAACCCUAUAUUCUUUCCUUUUUCCAUUCCCCAUCUUUGGGCCAUCAUCUGUGUAGUUGGGGACAUAGAGAAGUUAAAUACAGACCAGACCCUUGGGCACCUGUCAGCCCCUCCCUUGGAAGGUUUGGUGAAAAAAGAUUUCAAAGAAGGAUUCAUGAAGUGAAUAAACAACUGAUGGAUAUCAGUUCUCUCCCUGGCUCACAAUAGCACACACAUCAAAUUGAUUAUAUAGAAUAAAUUUUAUUAAAACAAAUUCCAAGUGAUCAAUUCAAAUCACUUGAUUGGGGAAAUUAUAGGUGUUAUUUUCUUGAAAUUUUUUUCUUUUUAUUUUCUUGAAAAUAAAUUUUCGAGAAAUUUAUUUCUUGAAAUAAAUCAAAUAGACUGGCUAAGAUUUGGAAAUAUCUUUUAUUCAGAUUGGUAGGUUCUAAUCUCUGCUCAGAUUUUUCAACAAGUUCUUAAGUGAAGGAAGUCCAUAGAAAGAAUAAAUGAGUUAUUGCUCUCCAAAUGUAGGGGGGUAAGUUAGAGAAAGGGAGGUUUGGAAUUACCCCAUGUUGGAGAAAGGGCACCUCAUAGUAAGCCAUACUUUGGGGGGAGAAGGUUUCUCAGGUCAGGUCAGGAGACACCCAGCUUAAACUAUAAUAAGCAUAAAAUAAGAUCUGAAUUUGGUCAUUGUGAUAUGAGUUGAUGUUGUAAAAAAUGGUCUGAGGGUAAAAGGAAGGACCCACAUGGUCUGCCACUGAUAUGAGGAGAAAAGGGGAGAAGCUUGAUGCAUGUCAGCUGGAGCAGAGUCUCAGACCUCAGAACUGGAGGUGCUCCAACCUGUAGCUGGACAGAAAUCUCUCAGAUAUUCCUAGCAAGUGGUCAUCCAGCAGUCCAUUCCACUUUGGGACAGCUUCAAUAAUAAGUAAUCAUAGCUAACAUUUCCCUUUACAGUUUGCAAAACACUUCCUGAUAUUUCAUUUAUCCUCACAACAACCUUAGGUGAUGGUCGUUUUUAUUCAUCCCCCUUUCAUAAGUGCGAGGAUGGAGGUAGACAAAGGUUAAGUGACCUGUCUAGUAAGUGAGAUCUUCUUGCCACUAGGUCCAAUAUCUAUCCACUGUGAUAUGAUGGAGCCAAAAUUUGCUUCUCAACAUCUUAAAGAUGUACCAACUCACAUUGAUUGUUAAAUUUUCACUGUGAGCUUUUGUGCUUUAGAAAAUCAGCAAAUGCUACAAAUUGGGAUUUUAUUGUUUUGAGAAAGUGAUGGAGACAGCAUAAUGCAAAUUAAACUUGAAGGUUUGAUUAAAGUAUAUUUGGGAUGGGGUGCUGAUUGUUAAACAUUAAUCAGCCCUUAUUUAACUUUGGGCAAAACGCCUUCCCUCUCUGUUUCCUUAUCUGUCAAAUAAGGAAUUCAGAUUAGGUGAUCCCUAAGGUCUUUUCCAGUACUAGAAAAAUAAUCUUAUGUACUAACAUCCCCAAUUCCAAGAGUCCACUAAUAAACCAUCAGCUGGUGGAAGAAAGUAAAUCAGGUGGUGAAAGGGCUUGUCAUCCAAGGAUCAACAAGGAAGACCAGGGAAUGAAUAUUUAGCCCGGAGACUUCAGUGAGAAAAUUCUUCAAAUAGUUUAAGAGUUCUCCUGAGGAAUGGAGAUAACACUUGUUCUGAAUACCUAUUUGAAAUAAUGGCUCCAUGUCCUAAUGAUUACUAGAAUUCAUUUCCCUUAAGUGUCUUAAAACUAGGAAGUCAAUGUUAUAUAUAGAAAAACUCUUAUUUUUACUAGGAUCAUAGGUACCAGUCUUCUAAUAUAAGGUAAUUAGCUAUUUGUUGGAUUGGUAUAUUUAUUGAUUAUAAUAAAUGAAGUAAGAUAAGUGGUCAUUUAUAAUGAGCUGGUCCUUCAUAAAUAAAAUAACAGUUUAUCACCUGAAGGUAUCAAAAACCAGAUCUCGGAGCAGGGCAAACCACUACUGAAACAUUUCCUCCCUCCCCUCUUACAAAGUGACUCUCUUGUACACCAUGACAUUGGUGCUCUUCAUGGUGGUGAAAUGUUUUUUUGAAAGAAUGAACCUUUGAGGCAAAGUACAGAACUGGUACCAUGUAGACCUUGCAGUUGGGAAGACCCGAGUUCAGAUCUUGCCCUAGAAAUGAACUAGCUCCUCUCAGAUUCUCAGUAUUCUCAGCUACUUUCAAAUGGGGCAGCUGUGGAUAGAGGUCUGGGUCCAGAUUCAUCUGACCUUAGACAAUAGCUGUGAGGCGCCAGAUAAAUCCUAUUUGCCUUCAGUGUUCUCUUCUGUAAAAUGAGCU